GUGGAGCUUGUGUGCAAUCUGUGCCAGUGGAAGAAGAUGACCGGGUGGGGCGGGCAGGGCUGAGAGUGUUCUGGUGGCGAGGAGGGGGUGGAUGUCACAGCUGAGCCUGUCCUGGCUGGGACCGGGGCAGCUGGCAGCCUCCCCGUGGCACCUCCUGCUGCUGGCUGGGGCCGCCUGGCUGCUGGCCCGCAUCCUGACCUGGAGCCACAGCUUUUAUGACAACUGCUGCCGCCUCCGGUGUUUCCCGCAGCCUCCGAGGCGCAGCUGGCUUUGGGGUCACCUGGGCCUGGUGAAGAGCAAUGAGGAGGGCUUGCGGAUGAUAGAGGAUCUGGGCCACUACUUCCGUGAUGUUCACCUCUGGUGGAUGGGGCCCUUCUACCCUGUACUGCGGCUCGUCCACCCGACCUUUGUUGCACCCCUGCUCCAGGCCCCAGCCACCAUCAUACCCAAGGAUAUGUUUCUCUACAACCUCCUGAAGCCCUGGCUAGGGGAUGGGCUCCUGCUGAGUGCUGGUGACAAGUGGAGUCACCACCGUCGCUUGCUGACACCUGCCUUCCAUUUUGACAUCUUGAAACCCUAUGUGAAGAUUUUCAACAAAAGUGCAGGCAUCAUGCAUACCAAGUGGCAGCAUCUGGCCUUGGAAGGCAGUGCCCGUCUAGACAUGUUUGAGCACAUCAGCCUCAUGACCCUGGACAGUCUGCAGAAAUGUGUCUUCAGUUUUGACAGCAAUUGCCAGGAGAGUCCCAGUGAAUAUAUUGCUGCCAUCUUGGAACUCAGUGCCCUUGUGGUGAAACGGCAAGAGCAGAUCUUCCUGCCCAUGGACUUCCUAUACAAUCUCACUCCCGAUGGGUGGCGCUUCCGCAGGGCCUGCAACCUGGUGCACAACUUCACAGAUGCUGUCAUCCAGGAGCGGCGCCGUGCCCUCAUUAGCGGGGGUUCCCAUGACUUCCUCAAGGCCAAGGCUAAGACCAAGACUUUGGACUUCAUUGAUGUGCUCCUGCUGGCCAAGGAUGAAGAUGGAAAACAAUUGUCAGAUGAGGACAUCCGAGCAGAGGCUGACACCUUCAUGUUUGAGGGCCAUGACACCACCGCCAGUGGCCUCUCCUGGGUCCUGUACAACCUUGCAAAGCACCCAGAAUUCCAGGAGCGCUGUCGGCAGGAGGUGCAAGAGCUCCUGAGGGACCGUGAGCCUCAAGAGAUUGAAUGGGACGACCUGGCCCAGUUGCCCUUCCUGACCAUGUGCAUUAAGGAGAGUCUGCGGCUGCACCCACCGGUUACAGUCAUUGCCCGCCGCAGUACCCAGGACGUCGGGCUCCCUGAUGGCCGGGUCAUCCCCAAAGGGAACAUCUGUGUCAUCAGCAUCUUUGGGAUUCAUCACAACCCGUCUAUCUGGCCGGACCCUGAGGUAUACAAUCCCUUUCGCUUUGACCCAGAAAACAUCAAGGAGAGGUCACCCUUGGCUUUUAUUCCCUUCUCUGCGGGGCCCAGGAACUGCAUUGGGCAGACGUUCGCCAUGACCGAGAUGAAGGUGGUCCUGGCGCUGACGCUGCUGCGCUUCCGGGUCCUGCCGGGCGAGGAGGAGCCGCGCAGGAAGCCGGAGCUGAUCCUGCGCGCGGAGGGCGGACUCUGGCUGCGCGUGGAGCCGCUGAGCGCGGCACCCCGGCGACCCAGACCCUACACGCCUCACUUUACGGAUUCCUGGGGAUGAAACUGUGACAUCUCCUCUGUCGGAGCGUCACCGAGAGCCAGCAGGAGGCGCUUGGGACCUGUGGGCACGCAGGGGUGGGUGAGGGGAGGGGAAGCUGAUGUCUGAGCCCAAGACCCUGACUUUCCAGCUGACUACAGGCCCCAUGCUGAUUGUGGGUUCUCUCAGAGUUCAUAAUAAGGUAGUUUAUCCUGUAGGCAAUAGGGAGCCGUGUUUGAGCAGGAGGGAGAUCAGGGUUAAGGACUGACUUAAGGGGCAUGUCUGAGGCUCUGGGUCACAGAGGAGAACCCGUGGUGGCACUGCACUCUGAUUACCCUGCUCUCUGUUCAUAGCUAAUAAACCUAAACUUUUUAACCUCA